AUGAAACACAGUUUAAUGAAAACUUUAGGACGUCAAAGGAGUGUUGUCGGAAACUUUUCUGUAUUGAAUGAAACAGUUAAAGUAAAGGAAUUAAAGUGUAAGUUAGCACUUUUUAUUUGGUUUAUAGCUCAUCAAACGAGCUACAGGGCCAUAAGAGAAGUUUUUGGGUUACCUAAAAGUACGGUACAUGAAUACAUAAGAGAAAUGUACACUGUUUUAUCGGGGUGGGUAGCAGAAAUGGUUAAGUUCCCAUCGGAAGCAGAGUAUAAUGUCCUUGCUGAUGGUUUUUCUGCUCCACAACAAAACCAAUAA